AUGGAAAAUGCCAAACCCAUUGUUACUCCGAUUGUUCUUAAGGGAACAAACUACCUUCUGUGGACGAGAACCACAAGAACCGCCCUUGGAGGUCGUGGCCUUUGGAGUCAUGUCGAAACUGACUAUGUUCCAAAGCAAAACCUCAAAGGAGAAGAUGAAGGCGCUUCCGAGGUGGAAGUAGAGGAAGAGAGCGAGAGGAAGGCCAAGUGGUUUCAAGAAGACCAAGUUGUUCUAUCUGUUCUCCAAAACUCUCUUGACACAUCAAUCCUUGAAGCCUACUCCUAUUGUGAAACGGCCAAGGAGCUUUGGGAAACACUUAAAGGUGUUUAUGGUAAUGUCUCUAACUUGACUAGAGUCUUUGAAGUCAAGAAGGCUAUAAAUGAGCUCAAUCAAGAUGAUAUGGAGUUCACUAAACAUCUUGGGAAGUUUCGAGCACUAUGGUCCGAACUCGACAUGUUACGGCCAAGUACACUCGAUCCGAUGGUGCUGACCGAAAGGAAGGAGCAAGACAAGGUCUUUGGACUUCUCCUUACCUUAAACCCAUCUUUCAAUGACCUCUUGAAGCACAUCCUCAGGGCUGAGAAGCUACCCUCCUUUGAAGACAUCUGCUCUCAAAUCCAAAGAGAACAAGGAUCAUUUGACUUGUUUAGCGGCAAGGGGGAGCUUGUUACAGCUAACAAAGGAGUGUACAAACAAGAGGAUAGGAAGGUGUGGAUAUGUGACCAUUGCAAGAGGCGAGGUCAUAUGAAAGACAAGUGCUGGAUUCUCCAUCCCCAUCUCAAAACGGCCAAGUUUAAGGCUAACCUAUCAAAGAAAGCAUCUAACGACAAGGGAGCCGGUUCAUCCAAGCAAGGAGAUGAGGCGGCCAUGACCGCAGCCUAUGGAGAAGUGGUGAGGAAAUCAGACCUAGAAGCACUCAUUCGCUCCAUUGCUUCACUCAAGGAGUCUGGUAUCUCUCUCUUUACCUCUAAGCCUAGUAAAUCUCUUGUUGUUGACUCAGGGGCUUCUCAUCACUUGAUUAGUAACUGA